ACGAAGCACAAAACCAUAUACACAUCUAAGCCUCAGAAACUUGCUUGGGAGCAAAAAAAAAAAAAAAAAAAAGAGAGGGAAAGAAGAGCGAGCGAGAGUGAGUGAGAAGAGAGACAUCAUCCACCCUCAGACAAUGGCUCUUGUUGCCGACGAGCUCAAGGCCAAGGCCGAGGUGUACUACGACGAUGAGAUUUGCCAGCAGUGCACCAGGCUCCUGCUCAAGGAAGCAGGCCUCCCCAAUGGCCUGCUUCCCCUGAAGGACAUCAUGGAGUGCGGCUAUGUCGAGGAGACUGGGUAUGUGUGGCUCAAGCAAAAGAAGAGGAUAGACCACGUCUUCCAGAGCCUGGGGAGGGUGGUGUCUUAUGGCACUGAGAUCACUGCCUUCGCCGAGAAGGGCAGGAUCAAGAAGGUCAAAGGGAUAAAGACCAGGGAGCUCAUGGUGUGGCUCCCUGUGGAGGAGAUCUCCCUUGACGAACCAGCGACUGGUAAGCUCAUCUGCAAGAGCAUUGCCGGCUUUUCUAAGAUCUUCCCUGCAUCAGCUUUCCACAUCCCAGAGAAGGAGAAUGAGAAGGCCAACUGUGCCGGACCAAAACCAGUGGUCCUCAUGGAGAGGGCAGCACCAGUUGUUAAGAACAACUGAUCCAUACUUCAAUCCUGCUCCUAUGUACGUACUAAAAAUAAUCGUCGAACUGGUGCUUUACUAUUUUGCUUAUGUACUUCAAAAGGUGAUAGCCCAAAGUCCUGCCUAUAUAGCAGUGUAUGGCUGUCCUGGUAUUUAUAAACCUCUAAGCCAACCGCCCAAACUCCUUUUAUCUACUACACCCUCUGUAAACUAAUGUAAGAGCGUUUAGAUCACUACUUUAGUACUCUAAACGCUCUUAUAUUAGUUUACGGAGGGAGUAC